AUGAAGAGAUUAGUUAACACAUUCAUCUCCAGAAAUUACAUCUUAUCAGCUAUAUUUAUUGUAGCCGUUCUAGCAAUCAUUGAAAAUAAGAUCGUAGCUGCAGAUGAGCCGCCUGCAUUUUUUCUGAAAAUCGCAAAAAAUAUUCCACGGAUAGGAAGAAGUGAACCAUAUGACGAAUACGCUAUUAAAAACUCAAACGUGAAAGAUGAUAUUCCAUGGCAUAAAGGGGAAAUUUCAAAAAGAAGGGUUGGAUUUUCACCAGAGUCUAAUACAUAUGCCUGGCAACACUUUCCAUUGGCAAUUGAAGGACCCCCAGAACUAUGGAGAACCUUAGCCGGUUACAGUCAUGAUCCUCUUUACAAGACAACUGAUGAUUUCAACAACGAACUAUGGUCACGGGAUAAAAGGACAAACAAUCCAGAAGCGUAACAAUAAUAUCAUGUAAAAAGUUGUCUUGUGUGUUUGUGACAUAAAAAAAAACAAAUAUUUUAUUUGAUGUAAGGUGACGGGAACAAAAUAAAAAAUAAUAAAACGUGAUAAACUUAUUGUCGGUUAGUAUUUCCUAAAAUUUAAAGUUAUUUCAUAAGCUAAUAAACGACUUUUCAUAG